GAGGCCCUUGUAACUUAAGAGACCAAAGACACACAGCUGAGCUUUUGCAGCAAUGCCAAUGGCCAAGAAUCAUGAGAAAAUAGGAACGGUGCAAGUGUAGGGAUCCUUGCCAGGAAGGGAUUGAGCGGAGUUGGCAGGGAAGAUGCCAGCAUAUGCCAAGGAGUGGAUUGUUGGUCGUGAAACAAGCUGGAAGGUAGGAGGAGGAAGUGAACUUUAAAGCCGAAGCGGACAUGGACGUGACCAUCCAGCACCCCUGGUUCAAGCGCGCGCUGGGACCCUUCUACCCCAGCCGGCUGUUCGACCAGUUCUUUGGCGAGGGCCUCUUCGAGUACGACCUGCUGCCCUUCCUCUCCUCCACGAUCAGCCCCUACUACCGCCAGUCUCUCUUCCGCACCGUGCUGGACUCCGGCAUCUCCGAGGUCCGAUCUGACCGGGACAAGUUCGUCAUCUUCCUGGAUGUGAAGCACUUCUCCCCCGAGGACCUCACCGUGAAGGUGCAGGAGGACUUCGUGGAGAUCCACGGCAAGCACAACGAGCGGCAGGACGACCACGGCUACAUCUCCCGCGAGUUCCACCGCCGCUACCGCCUGCCCUCCAACGUGGACCAGUCAGCCCUCUCCUGCUCCCUGUCUGCGGACGGCAUGCUGACCUUUUCUGGCCCCAAGGUCCAGUCCGGCCUGGAUGCUGGCCACAGCGAGCGCGCCAUCCCCGUGUCGCGGGAGGAGAAGCCCAGCUCGGCACCCUCUUCCUAAACAGGCCCCCGCCCGGCUGCCCCUGCGGCCCCGACCCGCUGAGCCCGGGGACCACAGAAAAGGCGUCUGCCUUCCUUCCUUUUCCUUUUCUUUGUUUCCUUUCCACCUUCUCAGAGGGAAUGAGGGUUUGAGAGAGCAGCCCGGAGACCUUGGGGCCUUGUCCUGUGGGGCCAUGGCCUGGGCUGCCCCGGGCCCAACACCGGCCGGGGCGUGGGAGUGACUGCCCCACACGGUUCUCCAGCUAAGAGCUCGUCUACCAGGGGUGGGAGGAGGAGGGGUGCCUGCUCAGGCAUAGCCCUCGCCAGCCGUCUGGAUGGGUCCUGGGCCCGAGCAGCCCCUCCGCAUGUCCUGACCGUGCCGCCCACUUGCCGCGAGGUCUGGGGCUCCCGGCCUGCUCCCUCACUCCGUCUUCCCGCACCCUUCCUCUAUGUAGUACCGCUCGGGGACUCCGGUCACCCAGGAGAAUGCAGCCAUGGCAGCCAAUAAAGAGCAGGUGGCACAAGCAA